AUGAACAUCAUACUAGAUUAUUCCCAACAUCUUCAGACCGUCAGCACAUUGAACAUGCCCGACGACGGGGCCGUUGCCGCACUUGGUGCACUUCUUGGUUAUGUCGGCGCCGAAGCCGCAACCACUGCGCCAUUUGAGCAUUUACUCUGGCCACAACGGCACCUGGACAAUCUCUCGUGGCAAUCAGCAGCCAUGGCAGCAUUACUGAUGCCCAUGGGCGGUCCAUUACACAAGGCUGCCCUGGAAACAUUCGAUACACUACACCGCCAUGGUCUCUUUCGUGGCGCCUACCGUGGACAUAUGCUCGGCACUGCAUUUUUCAAGGAUAUGGGAUGGACAUACACUAUGCACGACAUGGGAGUCAAAGGACCACCAAAGGCAGUCAGAAACUGCAUCUGGACAAGAGCUAUGGGCAUGUUGAGUGCUCCUCAGUUGAGCGAUAGCAACACACUCGUGCUACCAGGAGAGAAACAACAAAAAGAGGCAUCCCGUCAGACGGCAGUCAGAGCCUUGAUAUCCUGCUAUCAUCUAACAUUCAGUCAAGCGACGAAUGAAGAUAAGGCAUCCGGUCUACCAUUCGUGCGAGAGCAUGUCAACAUGGUUGGACCUAAUGUCUAUCUAUCGAUUCUGGCCUCUGAAUCAUCAGCAAUUAUCCUCGCCAUUGUACUACUUGUGGUCUGGAACACACCCUGGGCUGCCCUAUGGCUCGCGCCUCUCACAUUACGGUUCAUCAGCACUCUUUUCGCACUCCAUCGUGAACCACUUGAAUCUCCACAACUUACACCAAAGGAUCACACCUGCGACUUUGAGAUACACUGCCCAGAGUCCAACGGGGACUUUAUAGUCCUAAGUGGUCCACCACCUCUCAUCCAGCAGUUUAUGCGACACUACGCACACCCGCGCCGGAGCCGCACGAAAGAGAUCAUCCAGCUCGCUACCAUCUUCGCCCUGGGAUGCGUUUUUCCAGUGGGUCUAGUGGCCUCUGCACUUUUUAUGCCUCUGCAUCUGCAAUACGUUUGGUUCGGUUAUCAAAUAUUCUUAGUCGCAGGACUACAUAUCGCACGGUAUUGUCAGUUUUCAAGGCAAUUAUCUAUCGACGCAGCUAUUGCGGAGGCAUUUGAACUAGGCGAUAGAUUUAGCAGUUAUGGAGAGAGCUCUUUACUGUUUAGUCACAAAAGGACAGGUUCUGGAACACUUAGGGUUGACUUGAAGGUCAAGUCUUAUAAUAAAUACGCAGAAGGGAAAGAAGCAGUGCAGGAAUUGCUUAUGAACGCUGAGAAGGAUGUCGAAAAGGCUAUUGAGAAACGAUAG